AUGCUGGAAAGUUUAAAUUUCUUUCAUAUUCUCAAAGGAGGAGCCCUCUUUCUUCUGGUAGUAUGGACUAUCUUUGCCAACACACUUGUAUUCAUAGUUCUAUACAAAAAUCCACGUCUUCAAACAGUGCCUAACUUACUGGUUGGCAACUUGGCUUUCUCAGAUCUUUGUCUUGGAUUAAUUGUAUUACCGCUAUCGUCGGUGUAUGCUUUAGCGGGAGAAUGGAUUUUUCCUGAUACAUUAUGUGAAGUGUUCGUAUCAGCCGAUAUUCUCUGCUCUACAGCAUCUAUUUGGAACUUAUGUAUUGUCGGACUAGACAGAUACUGGGCCAUUACAACACCUGUUGCCUACAUGAAUAAAAGAAACAAAAAAACGGCUGGCAUAAUGAUUUUGACUGUUUGGGCUACCAGCUCUUUGAUAUCAUUAGCACCACUUCUCGGUUGGAAACAGACGGCUAUAUCGUCCAACUUGAUCAUGGAUGAUAAAACAAGCUCACGUCAAUGUACUUUCUUGGAUCUACCAAGUUAUACUAUUUACUCGGCCACUGGAUCAUUCUUCAUUCCAACAAUCUUAAUGUUCUUCGUAUAUUUUAAGAUCUAUCAAGCAUUUGCGAAACAUCGUGCUCGUCAAAUAUAUCGUCAAAAGCUGGCCGUCUCAUCUCACGUCAUUCGAAAGCAUAUUGAGUCAACUAUUCUUCAUGAAAUCAGCCAUGUUCUUCCAACUUCAGAUGAGUUUGCAAAAGAGGAAGAAGAAGAUGAAAGUAACGAUAGUGAAAAUAUAAAUCGCAUAAAAGAAGAAGAUGAGAACGAGGAAGAUGAAGAUGCUGUCUUAGAAAACACUGAAGAUCAAAAUGAGACUCAAACUACAACCACCCUAUCUGGAGUAGUAGAAGGAAAACGAAAUUUGCCAUACGUCAAGAUUGAAGUCAAAGAAGUGGAAAAAAGAAAUACACAAGUAAUUACUUAUGAGAAAGUUCAGCGUUAUAAGAACAGAAAAGAGAGGACUUAUCGUCGUAGCCUACAACGCAAACCCAAAGCUAUUUCCGCAGCAAAGGAACGACGAGGUGUCAAAGUUCUAGGCAUUAUUUUAGGAUGCUUUACUGUUUGCUGGACUCCAUUUUUUGUAAUGUAUGUGUUGGUACAAUUCUGCAAAAGCUGCAGCCCAAAUCCCCAUAUUGAGAUGUUUAUUACAUGGCUAGGAUAUAGCAAUUCAGCUAUGAACCCAAUUAUCUACACGGUUUUCAAUCGUGACUAUCAAAUUGCAUUGAAAAAGCUAUUUACCCGUGGAAAUCGUAAAACACAACCGAGCCUUCUUUAA